CUUCUUGGUGCUAAUGAGCCGCAUAUCUCGUUGUAUCCGCACAAGAAGAACAUGGGAGGAACCACCGAUGCGGAGGAGACGGCAAGUAUAUAUCUGGUGGAUUCAUAUUCCUAGCAGUCUAGCACUGAUACUAGAAGGCAGCAGAGCAAAGCAACUACCUCACGUUGAGCCGGUGAGCGAUCCCAGCACGCCACGAGGGGGAUUCAGAUGGCAGGCGGGGGAUCGCCGUCGGACGCGGAGGCGGAGCUCCGGCAGGGCUUCAAGACGCUUGCCGUGACGCGGCCGGACCCCUCGGCGGCGGUCUACGAGGUGCGCCUCAACCGCCCGGCCCAGCGGAACGCGCUCAGCCCGGACUCCUUCGCGGAGAUCCCGCGCGCCAUGGCGCUCCUCGACCGCCUCCCCGCGGCGCGCGCCGUCGUGCUCUCCGCCUCGGGCCCCCACUUCUGCGCGGGCAUCGAGCUCGGCGGGCCCGGGAACCCGCUCACCGCCUCCUUCUCCCGCGGCGCCGACCCCGUGGCCGCCGCCGAGGGGCUCCGCCGCGCGAUCCUGGAUAUGCAGGCGGCGAUGACCGCCGUCGAGCUGUGCCGGAAGCCCGUCAUCGCCGCGGUGCACGGCGCCUGCGUCGGCGGCGGCGUCGACCUCGUAGCCGCCUGCGACGUGCGCUACUGCUCCAAGGACGCCACGUUCGUGCUCAAGGAGGUGGACAUGGCCAUCGUCGCCGACCUCGGCGCGCUGCAGCGGCUGCCGCGGAUCGUCGGCUACGGGAACGCCGCGGAGCUCGCGCUCACGGGCCGCAGGAUCACCGCCGUGGAGGCCAAGGAGAUGGGCCUCGUCAGCAGGGUGUUUGAUUCCAAACAAGAGAUGGAUGCCGCUGUUGCAAAGAUCGCAAAAGAUAUAUCUGAGAAGUCGGCAUGGGCAGUGAUGGGAACAAAGGCUGUACUGCUGAGAAGCAGGGAUAUAACAAUAGAGCAGGGCCUGGAGCAUGUAGCGACCUGGAACGCCGGGAUGAUGAGAUCUAGCGACCUGAUGGAGGCCAUUAAAGCUUUCCUGGAGAAGCGUAAGCCGGUGUUCUCCAAGCUGUAAUGAUCAAAUAUACCAAUGCUUCACAACCGAAAUCCUAGCCACUUGAGAAUAUCAGAAUAAAGUGAGGUGAUAGAAUGUAGAUAAUACAAUCUAUGAAUUGGCAAAACAAGAGUUCUUGCCAAUAGUGCUUACAUUUGCUGGGAACUGAGUUGAACUGGGAGAUAUUUCCAUUAUGACUUCAAAUACUACCUCCGAACAACAAAGGAUGUCUCAACUUUGAUUAAGUUUGAAUGUAUCUAUACACUAAGUCAUGUUUAGAUACAUUCAAAUUUUGACAAACUUGAGACAUAUUUUGUUGGACGGAGGGAGUAAUUCUCUGCUAUAGUUACUUGUUGUAUGUAUAUCAUAGAUGAUUUUCUGAGAUUUCUCAUCACUGAUGCACUUAUUGGUGAGUUAUGGUGUGAUGCCUACCUGCCAGUCAUUGAA